GUGUCAUGGGUGAGGAACAGGGACGCACACAUCCUCUCAGUGGACCGGUACACUUUCAUCAAUGAUGCUCGCUUUGCUGCGUGGCAUGAGGCAGUCACUAACACCUGGACGCUGCAGGUCAAGUUUGUCGAGGAGUUAGACGCUGGACGCUACGAGUGCCAGGUCUCCACCGAGCCUAAGAUGAGCCACUUCGUCCAGCUCAUUGUUGUCUCACCUCGUGUCAACAUCCCAGGCGGGUCUGAGCUGCAUGUCCGGAGCGGCAGCCCGGUCACUAUUAAGUGUGUUGUCAGCCACGCCCUCCAUCCUCCCAACUACGUAUUCUGGUAUCAUGAGAACGCCAGGGUUCUUCAGAACUCCUGGACAGGGGUUGAACAGACUCCUCUCAGACGGGUGUCUGAAGAGUCGAGUGUAGCCGCUCUCACCAUCACCUCUGUCAGUCAUGCCCACACAGGCAACUACACCUGUGCUCCCGCCGCUCUCAAAUCUGUGUCCGUCACCCUCCACGUUCUCAACGGUGAGCGUCCUGCAGCCAUGCAACACGGCUCCAACCCAGCAUCCAGGCCACACCUCAGCAUCUUCAUCUCCUCCAUCUCUGUCCAUCUCUCUUAUCUCCCUGUCCUUCCUCUGCUCUAUGAUCCGCUACACCGGUGAUGGCAACAACUGGUGUUGUUAUAAUUGUAAAGCCUGAUUUGCUUUGUAUUUUGUAUUCAGUGGUGCAACGAUGUCAUUUUUGUAUCCUGUAUUAUACACUGUAUGGAUAGACUAUUUCUUUCUUCCUCUUUAUAAUGUGGCUCUGGUGGUGGGGUAAAAUAGGUAUCCUGCCCAGAAAAUAUAUUUUAUGUGUAUAACGUGAACCUCAUCUUAAAAUAUAUGUAUAUAUUAUAUCGAAUACUUCCAGCAUCACAUGAGAGCCAGUGACUCUGUAUUUACAGAGGCCCCUUGUAAACAUUGUAAAUAUAACAAAUAAAAUAUCAAAGAUU